UUGAGAAAAGCCCCAGGCUGUUAAAUUUGAAUAUUCACGACGUGGGUGAACUGUUCUCUUUCCCUGAACAGAUUCAACGGUAGUGGAGGUCUGUAAAGCAUGUAAUCCCAGCAAUCUCCAUCUUCCAAGUCUCGGAAAGUUAUUGACUUCCACGCUUUUUAUUGUAGCCACCAGAGGGCGCGGUCGCCUUUUUUCACGGAUACUUAGAUGGAGGUCGCGUUUUUCCCGUCGGUCGCUAGUAGACGCCUGUGCCACGUCUCACUGGAAGACUCACGAGUAGCGGGUCUGUUUGCGAGCAGAAGUGGCCCUUUUUAAAAUUCUGUGUCUUGUGUCUUAAUGCAGAUAAGGGGGCAAAACCGCCGGUCAGCCUGAAGCACUUGUUAACAUGUUUUACAAGGAGUGGUUGUCCAGUGUAUCUUAUUGAGGUCACCAGUUUUCUUCUUCCAUACUUUGUUACAUUCUGAGUAGUCAAUGGAUUUUAUUCAGUUGAGUGUUUGAGGUAAUUGCAUCCUUGUGGUUUCCUGAGUUCUAGAAAAGACAGGAUUUCAUUUCAGCAGGUUAUCGUUCUGACUGAGUCACAACUUAAAGAACCUUCGCAAAUGUGAAAAGGAUGGUGAAAAACUGAGGAUUACUCAAUUUCGGAAAAACGCAAACCUCGAAAAGCUAGACAGGAAUUUUCCAGUGAUUUGCUGUGUCUCCAAGACUCCAAUAAGCAACAGAGGGUGAAAAAAGUUCAGAACUUGACUAAGGAGGAAAAAACUAAAGAGGUGCAGAGGCUGAGAGAAAUAUUUACCAGGGAACAAACAUAUGAUAUCUGUCAACUAGACCAGAUAAGUGUCUGUCCAGAAAAGAACCAGCAUGAAGUCAUUCACUCUGUCCAAGAUUUGCAGAGUCCCCUGGCCAAGGAAUUAACUGUUGAGAGCUCUUCUCCUAAUGUGUCAGGGAAGAGACUAAACACUAAAUUAGGCUGCCUGAGCAAUAAAAAUGCUUAUUAUAAAUUGGACAAGUUACUCCAGAAACUGAAUUUGGACACAAAUGGGGAACAAGCAUCCUCACUACGACACUUGAGGACUGAGUUAAACUUUGAGAAAAAUCUGUUUUUAAGGCACCUGCUUGAAGCUCACAAUUUGGUUCCAGUGGAAGGACAACCACAAUGCUUUAAAUCACCGACUGUGGGGGCUCUAUCCCCCAUUACACCUUUUUUAAAGUGUCAAGUGACAGGAACACCUGAAAUACUGGUAAAAAGAACUGUUUCAUUCGAUACCACAGCUGUUAAAGACGGUUUGGAUGAAGGCAUUGUGUCUCAUCGCUCUUUUCCAAGUGAAUAUUUCUUUAAAAGUUCCUCCCCAAAGACCUACAAUGCAACUUCAGUGGAAUGUCUUGAGGAGUCUGCAUCAGUGACCUGGGAAGGUACCUCACAGAAUUCAGUAUUGGAGGCAGUGACUUUAAAGGCACCAUUCCAGGCCAAAUGUGUCCUUUCUGACAUGGACUGGCUGAAUGGCACAGACUACACUUACUUGGUAAAGCAAAAUGCCGAGCUGCUCCGUACUUUAGAUGAGCUGGAAAAGUCUUGUACAUCCCUUCGAGAGGAGAACAGCUUGCUGCGCAAGAGCUGCUCUCCUGAAACAGAGGAGAAGGUGAAAAGACUGCAGCAGAAGAAUGCCGAGCUGGCAGUUAUAGCUAAGCGGCUAGAGGAGAGAGCUCGCAAGCUGCAGGAGGCCAAUCUCAAAGUGGUAAAUGCUCCCGCACUGGUCAAGGGUCCUGGAGUAGAACAAUACAAGAAGACUUUUGCCAGACAGCGUGCUAGGGACCUGGCAGCACAUGCUGAGACUCUGCUUGCCAAAGAUAAAGAAAUUGAAGCCCUGCGCCAGGAAUGCAGGGAGCUGCAGUUCUCAGGAAAAGGAAAGCAGGGGACAUCAAUUCAUCCAGGACUGAAUGAUUUUGAGAGGCUUCUUAGAGAGUCACAGAAAGAAGUGCUGCGCUUACAACGUCAGCUGGCAGUAAGUUCCUCAAAAAAGUCCACAGCUGACCAUGGUCAGAGCAAAGCUGAGAUUUCAUCCCAAGAAGAAGAAGCAAACGGUUUUGUGGAAAAUAAUGGCGAAAUAACUCAGGAUCCAAUCAGAGGUCUGCCAGGCACCCAGCAAUUUCAGCAGCUGGAAACUGAGCUGAACAACAAAAGAAAAGAAUGUGAAAAACUUGAAAAUGAAGCAAGAAAAAGGCAGAAGAGAUGCCAGGAUUUGGAGAGUGAACUUGAAGAUGUCCGCAGUGAAAAUGCUGGACUAAGAGAAAAAACUGAGCGCCUUAGCCAGAAGGCACAUCUCAUUGACCAGAUCCAGUUGGAGAACAAUGAGCUGAGAGAUCACCUCUCUGAAGUAACUGCCCAGCGUAAUUCAGCUCUAGAGGAAAACCAGAGACUCCAAGCCAAACUGGAGAACCUAGACCAGGUCCUACGGCAUAUGCGAGAGGUAGCUGAGAGACGUCAGCAGCUUGAGGCCGAGCAUGAAGAGGCAUUGUCAAUCCUUAAACUCAAACAGGAUGAGGUCAAACGGUUACAAAAGGCCCAGGCAGAGGCUAAGAAAGAACAUGAGGGUGUUGUGCAGUUACUCAAGGACUUGAUCCAGCUAGUGUUGCAGAGGGAAAUGGCAAAGGUGCGGGAACUGGAGGAAAAGUGUCGCAGUCAAAGUGAGCAGUUUGGGCUUCUUUCCCACGAGUUGGAGAGAUUCCGGCUACAAACUGGGAAGAUUGACGUCUUGACAGCUAAUCCUGAAACAACAGCCUCAACUGAGUUAACCUUCCACUCUAAGAUGACUCUUUGCAAUGGAGUGGAUCUUCCAGAUGAGAAAAAUAUGGAAACAAAUUCUGGCUCUGCUUCACUGACAAUGGAUAUAAAAAAAGACAUUAACACAAUUUCAGAAGAGCUAUGCAUUCAGCACAAAGAAUCUCCUGGAAUCAGUGUAAAAUCGGAGCAGGAUCCCACACCUAGCAGACCUCAAUCAGAAUCAAAGCAUGUUACUCCAGAUUCUGAGUUCAUCCCUCAGAGCACGCCAAAGUCAUGCACAACAUCCGAGGUGGACACCGCAAGUGAAGUUGAAGACUUGGAUUUUGACGUGUCUCCUGUACCAGAACCAGAAAUGAGAGUUCCUGCCAAGCUCCAGGUCUUCAUCGCACGAUACAGUUAUAAUCCUUUCAAAGGGCCAAACAAGAACCCUGAGGCUGAACUUCCUCUAACAGCUGGAGAGUAUAUUUAUGUCUAUGGAGAAAUGGAUGAAGAUGGCUUCUAUGAAGGUGAGCUGAUGGAUGGAAGAAGAGGGCUGGUCCCAUCUAACUUUGUGGAGAGGGUUUCAGAUGAUGACGUGAUGAGUGUUCAUCCCCCAGAAGUCAGUGAUCUUUCCCAUAAUUCCUACCAGGAGAGUAGCUUUCACAGCAGCAGUGAGAAGAAUCUCCGUCUGAGUGUGAACAGUUUGGAAAAAAAUGAACUGUGCCUUCUCGAUGAAGAAAUCACUUCUGUUACAGGGAAGGAGGACAGCAUGAUGACAAAUGGGUUUGACUUGGAAGCAGAAGAAGUAGGAGAUGAUGUAGUGCCUUACCCACGAAAACUGACUCUAAUUAAACAGCUUGCAAAGAGCAUUAUAAUAAGCUGGGAGCCUCCAUUGGUGCCAGCAGGCUGGGGUAACAUAUGGAGUUACAAUGUAUAUGUGGAUAAAGAAUUAAGACUCAAUGUUCCAUUUGGCUCACAGACCAAAGCAGUUCUUGGACAGUUGGAUGUAAGCCUCAAAGCCUACAGAGUGUCUGUACAGAGCAUUUCAGAGAAAGGAAACUCAGAUCAGCUGUGUUGUAGCGUUUUGGUUGGACGCGAUGUGUGUGUGGCUCCUACACAACUCAAAGUAGGUAGUGUCACAGCUACUUCUGCCUGCUUAUCUUGGCUGCCAAGCAACAGCAAUUUUGCCCACGUAGUUUACCUAAAUGAGGAGGAGUAUGAGAUAGUGAAGGCAGGAAACUAUUCAUUAUGUCUCACCAACCUAAGGCCACAUAUGAGGUACAAAGUGAAAGUGGAAGCUCGGCCAAAUCGGACACCAUGGGAGCUAUCAGUGCAUCAUCGGGAACGCAAGUGUGCCUGCACUGCAUUCGAAACUUUGAUGGCAGGUCCUCCAGAUGCUCCUUUGGAUGUACAGGUUGAGCCAGGGCCAUCACCUGGGAUUGCUUUGGUCAGCUGGCUUCCUGUAACAAUCGAUGCAGCUGGAACAUCUAAUGGGGUUCGUGUAACUGGUUAUGUCAUCUAUGCAGACACGCAGAAGGUUUUAGAAGUUGCCUCUCCAACUGCUGGGAGUGUAUUAGUAGGCCCUUCCCAGAUUCAUAUUCUUCAGGCAUCGAAGGAACUUACAGUACGGACCAUGUCAAUGUAUGGAGAAUCUGUGGAUUCUGUAUCUGUCAAAAUACCCUCAAAGCUAUUUGCUGCUACAGCCCACUGUCCGCCUCUACAAAAGUUUCCCAGUGCCAGCAACUCCUCUGACAUAUGUGUUCACAUGGUGCCACCCUACAGGGACUCUUUGGAAACUACUGCUGCCAAAUCCUCUUUGCUUCCAUCUCUACCAGAUGCCACUGCGUCCAGUUCUGUGCAGACCCCAGAUAAGUUUUUAAAUUCAAACCCCAGUGGUGAACAAGCUGAGACCUACCAAGAAGACCAGAUAUCUAUGGAUUUCAGGACUGACUCGUUAAUCAAUACAUCAUCAGAAUUCAAUUCUGUUGCAUUACAUGCAGAAGUGCAGGAUUUAGAAUUGGAACCAAUGGUUGGAAUAUCUUCACCUAAGGACAGACUACUAAAUCCAUCCAAAGACUGUGAGAGCAGCUCUUCAAAGUACCCCACAGAUUCCUAUUCCAGGGAGGCCGAUGUGAGUUGUUCUGAAGACUUGUCAGAAAGUCUGCAAGCCAAAAAUAUAAGGGGGUUAGAGCAAGAAGAAGAAGAAAAGGGAGCCAAGGCCAAUGCCAGAGUAGUGUCCAUAGAAGAAUUCCUAGAUGACUGUGAGGAGAAACAAGAGGUCACUGAGCAGCCAGGUCAAACCAAGAAUGACUUUGCAAGACCAGAAAAAGCAAAAGAGGUGUGUUUGCCAGAUGUACCUCAGCCAGUGUGUUACCCUCGGCUAAAUGAGUAUCACAAUGAUAGUAGUCGGGGUUCAGACCUCUCCGAUAUUCUGGAAGAGGAUGAAGAAGAAUUAUGUUCAGACACAGCAGGGAAUGAAGACGACAAGGAUGCAUUGUGUCAAGCUAAUUUGGGGGUCAGCGUAAAGGCUCACUCUGACACGUGGGAGACGGACAGUGAUGAGGAGAUUCUGGAGAAGAUCCUGGAGCUUCCACUGCAGACCCGUCACAACACAGAACUUUUCAGCAUCCCAGAGGUCACAGAGGAGGAAGAUGACGAGAGCCUAGAUGUAGAAGAAGCUGAACAGUCAAGUAGAACCAAGAUCCAAAAUCUUUCAGUAACUGCAAAUCUUAGCUCCAGUCAAAACUGCAAAGUGUCAUGUAACAGAAGCCAUGCCUUUUAUGAUGAGGAGCACAGUGCAGAAAACAGUUGUAAACAUAAAAAACAAGAGGAGGCAAUAAAUAAUCGCCUCAAAUUACAAGAACAACGUAACCUCCCCCUGCAGCCAAUGAAUGAUGAGAGCUUUAAAAGCCAAAUCAAGCAUGGGAAUCCUUGUAGCAGGAGCAGGCUGCAUCCUCAUAAAGAUCCAUCCUUCUUCCCUACAGAUGGUAAAACUACAUAUUUAAAGCAUUCUCAGGAAGACUUUGACUGUGACAUUUUUGUAUAUGUCAAUGACAAGGAAAACAAAUCAAGGAGAGGUCAUAAACAACAUGAUGGCUCCUUAAAUUUAAAACAUGAUAAGAUGCCUAGAAGCCCAAGGGAUGUGGUUUCUGCAGAACUCCGCCAAACAACUUUAAAAGUAAACAAGCAUUACCCAGUGAAAGCAUCUAAGAGACAAAAUACUUCAGCAAUAAAUGGUGGGGAAAUUGAUAUAGAAUAUGGUACAGAGGAUGAUGAAGAAGCUGUAACUGAUGAUCCAUCCAUGGUUGAUGUUGUCCAGAUGCAUUCUGGUUGGUGGAGAAAACACACUGCAUCUGAGAACCUUGAAGAGACCAACGAUAAUUUACUUCACAAUGAGCUAACACAACCCAGUGAUAUUAAAACGGAGCUGAAAAAACAGCUGAAAAGCGAAGACACAGUUUUACAGUCAAGGAAAAAACAACAUCACUGGCAUCAUGACAAUAGUAGUGCGAGGUCAUCUACCUUGGCUGAUCCUGUCUCCCAUUCCAGAGGGAAGGGGUGCAGAGAAAUUGGGGAUUUAGGCAUCCACGGUAAUGAAUAUGCCAAAGCUGUAUGUUGGAAAACAAAAUCUGAGCAAUCGAUGAAAGGGCAGCACUCUGACGAGCUAUUCUCACGGGAAACUAUGGCCAAAAAUGACUCUAGAAACUUGUCUGGAUCCUUGAAAAGACUGUCAAAUGAAUUGGUCCCAAAUACUGAGCAUGUAGACAGCAGACCAUAUAAAGAGGCCCAAAGGACAGCCAGUACCCCAGAUAAACCCAUAAGCUCAGAAGUUGAGGACUAUCCUGGCGAGAGCAAUGUUCGCAUUUUUGUAGCUCUGUUUGACUAUGACCCGGCUACCAUGUCCCUGAACCCUGAUGCAGUGGAGGCAGAGCUUCCCUUCAAAGAUGGACAAAUUAUAAAGGUGUAUGGUGAUAAAGAUGCAGACGGAUUUUAUAGGGGAGAGUCUGGGGGUCGUUUUGGCUAUGUCCCCUCCAAUAUGGUGUCUGAGAUUCUAGCAGAAGAUGCAGAAACAAAAGAGCAGGUCCUCAGGCAGGGCUACCUCUGGCCCCAGGGUACUUCAAAAAACACAGGCACUCGCUCGCACGCUCAGCUUCCGCGCCGCCCUGUUCCGCCACCGAAACCCAGGCGAUCAAAAAAAGUUGAUUCUGCUGGUGCCUUGAAGGAAAGUGUCAAUCCUUCUAGAGAAUCAUUUGAAUCUCAUUCUGGGGUUCCAGUAGCAACACCCAGGAGAAUGGUUGCCAUCUUUGAUUAUGACCCUCGGGAAAGCUCUCCAAAUAUUGAUGUUGAGGCUGAGUUGACUUUUAGUGCUGGUGAUAUAAUUGAAGUCUUUGGAGAGAUGGAUGACGAUGGAUUCUUUUAUGGAAGUCUUAGUGGACUGCAAGGCUUGGUGCCAUCAAACUUCCUACAGGCUAUUCCAGAGAAGGAGGAAGUAUCUGAAGUGAUUUCAGAGGAAGGAAAGCCCCAGGAAGGUCUUCGUGAAUCACAAGUAAGCCCUGAUGCUUCAAAAGAGAAGAAUGACUCGGCUGUAUCCGAAGACAUGCCGGCUUCCAAUAAACAAAGUAAUGCACUAGUGACACUGUCUGAGGAUCUGGGAUGUUCAGGUUUCACGACUGGUCAUACAUAUCCACAGGCUCUGACACCAGACAGCCCAAGUAAAGAUGAAAACUCUCUUCAAGGAAAAAAGAAAAAGGGCUUUUUUUCUAAAGGGAAAAAACUUUUCAAAAAGUUUGGUUCCAGUAAGAAGGACUAGCAAAGUACUUACAUCAUUCAACAUGAUUUAUUUGGAAACUUGCUGGCACUUAUUUCUUAUAUGUACCAUGGAGGAUCUUAUACAUAACAUACAGAACAUGAAGAAAUGUUCUUGGUAAAAAAGCCAUCAUCUGGAAAAGAUCACAUAUUUUUAUUUAAGAAGAAGCAGGCCACAAGAAAGACUAUACAAACUUUGUGAUAUUUUCAGAAUAAAUCUGAAAUAAAAAGCCGAUUUUUUGCCUUAGACGGGUGAUACAAUCAUGGUGCACCUUGACAUAUCCUUUUCAGUAUUUAAGAACUGAAUUGCACACGUGGACAAAUUUUCUUGGAUUCAAAUGUAAUGCUGUAAGCAUUAUGUGUACUCAUUAGGCUCUAGUCCUCAUUCUCCAGUACUAGUAACAGUACGUUUUAUAAAGCAAACGCAGGAAUAAACGAGUCUAGCUGCAUGGUCUACACUGUAAAUUAAAUGUAACGUUUUCCUUUUCUAGUUCUGUAUUUAUUUAUGUAUUUACUGUAUAUGCAUGUGUAUCUUGUUUAACCCACCCUUUGUGUUUCUUCAUAGUCUGCUAAAACAGAGUUUUUAUGCCAGUCUUUUGAACUUUACUCAUGUAGAGUAGCAAUCUUUCUCAUGUACUGCAUUUUAUUAUUUAUUCAUUUAAAAUACCACCACAGUAGGUUGCAUAGCAGUCAGGUAUUCACAUAUGUACUGUUUCUGUUAAAACGUAACACUGAAGCCGUCUUGUUGGCCUUUAUGACUUGUUCAUAUAUGAAUAGGAUUAAUUUAUUGCAGUAUUUUGUUAAAAAAACAAAAAAGAGGUGAUUUUUAUUGUACCAUCCCUCUUGUCUUAAAUGCCUAUGAGUAAAAAUGUGGCAGUUCUUUGACGUGAGUGAAUGAUUAAACCAGUGGUCUCAAACUCCAGUUCUGGAGGGUCAGAGUGGCUGCAGGAUUUCCUUCUAACCCUUUUCUUAAUUAGUGAGCUGUGUUUGCUGCUAGUUAACAUCUUUGGAAUUCAUUUUAAUUGACAUGCUUUUGAACACUUAGACCCCUAAAUUGUUUCUUUUUCCUUAAUUAGCAGCAAAAAACAAUAAUGAGAUACAAAAUGAGCCAAAACAGGACUGGCAAACUGUGUCCGUUAUAUAAUAUCUGAAAAUAAAGGAAUAUGAAGGUCUCAGGAAAGUUGAUCUGCUCAGGUCCUCAAAACAUUUUAACAGAAAAGAAAAAAAUCAACAGUUACGGAAAGCACGAAAAAACGAGAGCAGCAAAAAGCCAUGGAAUUAAAGAACGGGUUUAAUUAACAACAAGAAUUGGCGCCUAAUUAAGCAACUGGUUGGAGUUUGAGGCCCUGACUUAGUUGGGCUUCUGUUAGUUGACUCACCUCACAUUUCAUUUCUAUUUGGGUGCCGUUUAAGGACAGAAAUGAAGAAAUUCAGGGGAACAAAUCUUAAAAAAAAAAACAAGUUCAUUAAAAUGAAAGGAAAAGAAGUUAAUUAGCAGCAAAAGCUGGUCACCAAUUAAGAAAAGGGUUAGAAUGAAAACCUGCAGCCACUCUGACCCUCCAGAACUGGAGUUUGAGACCACUGGAUUAAACCAUAGCUGGAAAUUUAUCUUUUUAACAUAAUAGCACUGAAGUGCACUAAAAUACAAGCACAGGAUUUUGUUAUUGCAGUUUAAAGAUGUUAUUUUAUCUUAAAGUCACCUAAAGUUAUAAAGGGUUCAAAAAAGUACCCACAAUAAACAGAAGUAAGGGACAAAUAGGUGCACAUACUAAAUAUAAAGUUAAACUGGAUAUUAGACUGGAUAAUAUGCAUCUGAGUGGAGCCCCAAACCCGUUACAUCGCUGGACACCUUAGUGUGUGGAGUGGCUUAUUCACACCAACACGUAUCUGUGCAGAAGUGACCAAGUCAUUUCAAUUAAAUUCUUGAAACAUGAUUAUCUAAAGAGGUGUUCUUUAUUAAAAUAUGCAUACAGUUUGGAAAACCUUGUAUUUGGCCCACAUCUUAUAAUUUAUUGUACAAAAAUGAUGAUUAACUAAGAAAAGUGGAUACAGUAAUGUCUUAUAACGUCUUAAUUUAAAAGAAAAAACCUGGCUCCGCUGUUCAGAAGUACUUGCCGAUAUUUUAUGGCCAUGUGGGUGCCACUUUUGCUCCUGUCUUCAGAAGAUAUCUCUGUGGCACUCGGACUGUUGUGCAGAUUGUCAAGGUCACCUGUGAGGUGUAGGACUCUGCUGUCGAUUGUCGUCUGCAGUUCAUGGCUGAGCUAGUUGCAGAACCACUGAGCAGUUGCUUUUAUUUUCUACUUAUCUGGUAGCUCUUAAUCAGAUAUGAUUUUGCAUUAUCACCUUAACUUGGGUUAAAUACCAUAUGCUUACCGUUUGGACCUUUUAGACUACAUUAAACAUGGCCGCCCAUUACAUAAUAAGACAAAAAAGUGAUGGGUUUACCUGUGACAAUACAGAGUUCUUAACCUGACCCAUUAAAACUGACCGCUUACUACAAUAAAGUUUAUAUGGGAGAGAUGACUGAGCUGAUCAUCCCAAUUUUAAAUGUCAUUGUCACAGAGUAAUAACACUUAGGCACUAAACAGAAACUCCUGAUUCUUAUACUUCCAGCACCAAAGUAAUCCGUCUGUCUUACAGUUUGCUUUUCUAUUUCAGAUUUGCAGACAUCUGGAAGGUGCCCUGACAUUUUCUGAUAGGAUGGCAGUCCAUCAUGGCACACAGUUAUGCACACAGGCUGUUGAAAUGUGCAAGGAAACGAAAAACAAACUACAAGAACCUGGUCUUGUGAACAUCAGGGCUCACCAGUGCACAACUGGGCCGUCUUUAUUAAAAUCAUUUUGCUGUGUUGUAAAAUGUAAGAUUACUGCACGGGUGUGAACUGUGAUAGACUGGCACAUCUUCCUGGGUUGGUUCUGAUCUUGUCCCUGAAUUUUCCUUGGAAACCUCCAGGUUCCUGCAACUCUGAAAUAAACGUAUGUGGCUUUGCAAAGACAGAUGGAUAGCUCGUACAUUUUAAAAUGAUCUUGUGGUCCUUGGUAACUGGCAUGCAUCAUUACAGUGUGUCCAGUGACUGAAGGAUGAUAUCGUACUAAUCGGGCAGUGGCUUAAAUAACAACAAAAAAACCAAAAACAAAUGAAUUGUAAUCUGUAACACAAUUCGAUGUUCUUCAGCUCAGAAAAAGUUUCCUUGUGAAACCGGUGGAAAAAAAAGAGCUAUUACACUGUUUAAUGUCAGUUUCUUACAGGUCCAAAGACCUUAAAUAUACUUAAAGAAGCAGUGAUCUGGUAGUAGGAAUGCUGGCUUCUGAGUUAUGGUGGGCACACUGCCUCCUGCACUACAAGGGUCUACGCUGUAGGCUUCUACACUAAUAGAUCCCAAUACCCAACAGGAGCUCCACAUGAACGCACAGCCCUCUGUAUGUGUCCUGUAACCCAUGACGGGCCAUGCCUACCCCGACGCCAUGCAUGCACUAACUUAAAAUCACACGUCUUUAACAAGUUCCAGGCAGGACAGAUGCCAAACUCUGGCUUUAUGCAGCACCCAGGGCUCUCUACUAAAGGACCACAAGGUAUAAAUGGCUCAAACAAGGCCAGCAACAGACAAACUGAGCAACUUGGGUUGCUGUUGGUUUUCUGGCAUUAGUCUUGCAGCACUGUUUACUUUUAUUGUAUUGAUUGCAUGCCUGUGUUUUAAAAAACAGAUUUGCCUUAUUUAUACAUGUGUAUUUAUUAUGUCUAUUUAUUGGAAUAAUGUGGCUUUAAGUUUGCUUUUUCUCAGUUGUAGUUCUGCAAAGACUCUUGAGUUCCUGUAGGGGGCAGAGAAGCAGUGCAGAAGUCUGUUUGUAUAUAGCGUCUGUACGGUCGACCAGAGCGAGACAGGCAGCAGUGAAGGCUGUUCAUUUUCAUGCAGUAUGUAUGAACUAUUUGACAAGUUUUUUUUUUUUUUUUUUUACGUGUAUACUGAAGUUUUUAUGACUGUUUUAAAACACUGGUGUAAAUACAGCACUUUUAUUCUCAAGAACGUUUUUUUUCUUUUUGCAUGUUUAAUGAAAGCUGCCGAGUGUUUGAGGGAAGGAGUGGACGUGACAGUGAGAGGCACUGGGGUGAAGGAGAAGCCCAGUGUCUUGGCUGUAAAAAACAUUCUUUUUACCAAAAUAAAGUAUAUUUUCACAUAA